AGUCACCAUAUCUCAACCCAAUUGAACACCUAUGGGAGAAUACCUAAAAACACCUUAUCAAGACACUUUUGUUGGUUUUUCCUUUAAUUUAAGUCUGUACGUAAUUAUUAGCCCAAUUAGUGGUAAAUUGAUUGUUAUUAGAUACACCAAGAGUUGAACUACAGAUUAGACAAUCCUAAAUGAUGAAGAAACUCUUCCUGUUAUUCACUAAACCUGUGGUAGGUUCACAUCAGCCACAUCAGCCCCACGAUAUCGACCAACUGUCUGUCACUUCCAGCUCUGUCUCCACGUACACAAAACACAUGGUAGAACAUUAACCACUGUAUCUUCACUGGUGUUUCUGUGUGCACACACGGGUAUGUAAUCCUACAUUAAUGGCUCAGUGUCUGUUUGCAUGCGGCCGCAAACUUGUGUAUGUGUGGUUGUACGCGCACGUGAGUGUGUGUGUGUGUGUGUGAUAUCCUGCUAUAUUACAGCUGGCUGCUGUAAAAGUGAAGCAGUGACAUCACACAGUGAGACAGGAGGGCUACAAUAUAAAGGCUCAAAUGCAGCAUCAACAAUCCUCAGACACAGGACAGGUGAGGUAGACAGGAUCAUCUAGAAGGUUUGGUAAAGUGGGCAGCUUUUUGGAGAAAUAACCAAGCAAAAAUAGGUGUAGGGAGAAAUUUAGCUAUAGGUAGGGCCAACAGGUGUACUGUUAUUCUCCAGUGUAUUGAUUUUUUAACGGCUGACCAGCUUGGUAAGCAGACAAAGACUGGACCAGACUGAAUCCUGACCUUCAGUUUUAGAAGCCAGAUCCUUGUUUUUGUCGGUUUAGUUUAGUUUUUUAAUUCCAUCCUUUUGAAGAAUCACCUUAAGUGGAGUUUUGAAGUCCACGAGAUACUUCUCUAACCCCAGGAGUUGUUUUUUUUUAUCAGAGGCAGAUCAAGCAUCAGUGUCAGAAUGUGUUCAGGCAACUUUGCCAAGUGUCUGGGGAUCACUCUGAUACCUCUGUCGAUUGUGUGUGUGCUGUGCAAUGUCCUGCUCUUCUUUCCUGGUGGAAAGGCUUGGGACACCGAACACAUCACAAAAGAAGUGUGGUACUUUGGAGGCAUUUUUGGAUCUGGAUUGUUCAUGAUUUUCCCAGCUAUGGUCUUCCUGGGUCUGAAGAACAAUGACUGCUGCGGUUGCUGUGGCAACGGAAGCUGUGGGCGGAGAUUUGCGAUGCUGAGCUCCAUACUGUUUGCAGCUGUGGGUGUUUUGGGGGCCGGUUACUCCGUCAUAGUUUCUUCUAUUGCUAUUAGCCACGGACCUUUGUGUCUGUUUAAAAACGGGUCAAAGACUGAGUGGACCUAUCCCUUCUCCGAUGGCAACUACCUGGACCACCAAGAAUCCUGGUCGAAGUGCAUAGACCCGCCCAAAAUAGUGCACUGGCAUGUCUCCCUGUUCCUUGUGCUGCUGAUCAUGGGUAUAAUCCAGGCGGUGCUGUGUGCUGUGCAGGUGGUGAAUGGCCUGCUGGGAGCUCUGUGUGGAGACUGCUGUACCUGCUGUGAACAGAACAAUAGAACUGUCUGAGCACUUCCUGCGGCUGUGAGAACCUGAGGGUGGCUCUUCUUCCUGUGUUUAUUCCAGUUUUAGGAGGACGACAGUUUCUUGCUUUAUGCUACGAUUAUACAUUUUGGCAUAAGAGCUUAUUGAUUGCAGUGUGUGAAUUAGCUAACAAAGCUGGUGAAAUGAUAGAGCUCGGGUUUAAAGGGAUACUCAUUUACUCUCUUGCAAACACUAAUCACUCCAUCUUCUCAUUAUUAGAUCUGAAUGUUAGAUUAGAUUAGAUUGAUUUUCCUCUCGCUGUGUUUGUUUGUAUCUCUUGCGUUUUUAGUGACUUCAGUGAACUCAUUAAAUCAAUAUAGAUUCUAUUUUUGAUAUACAUAUGAAAAGCAGAUGGGAUAGGGCCAUGAUAUUUAUCUUUAAAUGUUAUGUUUUAAUAUCUAGACAAACAUAAACAAACCUGUUGGCAAAAUAUACAAUUUUCUGAGUAUCAAGAUGUUGAGUCUCUCUAUUGAGGUAAGAAACUAUUUCCUGUUGCAUGACUGCCCCCUGUUGCGCAUUUUGGUGUUGUGUGUAAGUCUGAAGGGGUUCGAAGACUGUGAGACAGUUUUAAUAUGCCUCUGUGUGAUAAAGUUCCUGUACCGACACCAUCAAUAAAAUCUUACAUCUUCGUAUAUCUGUGUGAAAAAGGUUGAUAUUAGUGAUACUGACACAGCAAUGAAUUUCACUAGUUAUCUAUGGUUUUAAACAAAUGUGUUGUAACGUAUUUCCACUCCAAACUAUUUUCUCAGUUAGUGGGGUUAUUGAAAGAUUUUUUUCAUAUCUGGGUGUGCCACAAGAUAAUAUUUUUCACUGAUAUUAUUUUAAAACAUCAAUGAGAAUGCAUGUUACUACCACUGGGAUUUUGCACUUCUCUUUUAUAUACUCUUUCAUAGUGUAUGUGGGCUUUCUUAUAUGGUACUAACUUGUCUGAUGCGUUAUUAAAGUAUAUAUAUAUCUGGAAGACUGUAUUUUACUGAUGUAAUCUUUGCUAAGCAUUGUAAAGAAAAAAAGAGAAAUUGCAGCAUUGUGAACAGCAGAAAAAGUGAAAUA